AAGUGGAAGAGAUGUCAACCACGACAGUGAAAGGGGUUCCUGACACAAAAGACCGAAAAGGAUCAAAGAUAAGCGUGGAGGAAGUUGCGCGAGGAACGAUCAAAGGGGACGAUACGAAAUUAUUGACAUUGGAUAAAACCAAGGAGAUAAACACUACCUAUGUUAACUCAGCGCUGUCAAAAAGCGGAGGUCAGAGGAAUUGCACCCCCGGUCGAGGUCGACUCACUCUACAGAGGAAAACGGGUGCAAACGGCGACAAAGCGAUGAGUGAAAACACAAUGGAAAUCACUCAGAAUAGGACACCUGUACCUGAGAAAAGACUGACGUUGCAACGCAGAACCAGGACUGGUUCAAUUGACAAAAGCGCAAGUAAUGACACCAGCAAAGCAACCGAGAGCUCGAGACAACGCUGGGUCAGCGGUACCGACACCCAUCAUUCCAAAGUUCUCUCAGAAUCAAACCCUCGAACGCCUGUUAGUGCAGUUGUAUUGCGGUCAUUCAGUCUGAGGGACAGCUCAUCUAGAAGUAAAUCAAGAGAAGUUGUUAAUCUUUUAAACACUCCAACUAAAGGAGUCAAACGAUUUGCACCAAAACAGCCAGCAACCCCGGGUAAAGUAGAUGUGACAAAACCAGAGGACCAUACCAGAACUUUUUCAACACCCACGAAAAAUACUCCAUUCGAGAAAAUCACGGCAAAGAAGGAUGCCUUUGAGAGGUUGGCUGGGAAAGAGAUCCCAAAGGUGGUGACAGUAAAAACGGUAGGCCUAGAGAGGCCGAAGACACAUGCACAGGUGACUGUGGAAGCUGCAAAGCCUGUUGCAACUCCCCAUACUAACAACUUUCUGGUCAGUAGUCAAAGAGCAAACGUGACCUCCACCUUGCCGCCAGGGCAGGUGAGAAAGAACUCAAUCCAUGGCGACGUGACCAUGGCUAGGUCCUCGACACCUGCCAUCUCCACCGAGCCUUUGCUCCGACCCAGUGCGAUGCUAAAGCACGAACAGGAUACCCUGAAAAUGGAAAACAGUGCAGUGACAGUUGCGGUCAGAGUGAGGCCAUUCAACACCAGGGAGAAGAAAGAGAAAGCAUCGCAGGUGAUCUUCAUGGAUAACCAGGAGACUCUUGUCCAACAUCCAGACACCAAGCAGAGCUACUCCUUCGCGUAUGACUUCUCCUUCUGUUCCGUCGACAAAAGUGACCCCGGCUUUGCCAGCCAGCAGACGGUGUAUGAAAAACUAGCUAAGCCACUUCUGGAGAAGGCCUUUGAGGGCUUCAACACCUGUCUGUUUGCAUAUGGCCAAACUGGAUCUGGGAAGUCUUACACUAUGAUGGGUUUUGGGGAAGAGGCAGGUGUAACACCAAAAUUCUGCGAGGAGCUCUUCUCUAGGCUGUCUGUGGUUGAAAAUCAGGAGGUGACAUGUCAUCUGGAGAUGAGCUACUUUGAGGUGUACAAUGAGAAAAUCCAUGACUUGCUCAUCGCCAGGAAUGAACAAAACCAAAAGAGGUUGCCUUUGAGGGUGAGGGAACAUCCAGUCGACGGGCCUUACGUUUCUGAGCUGUCGACGAACGUGGUGAGCUCCUAUGUGGACAUUCAGGGUUGGCUGGAGCUUGGGAACAAGCAGCGAGCCACUGCAGCCACGUGCAUGAACGACAAGAGCUCCCGAUCCCACUCCGUAUUCACUCUGGUUAUGACCCAGACCAAGACUGAGUUUGUGGAAGGGGAAGAACAUGACCACAGGAUCACCAGCAGGAUCAACCUGGUGGACUUGGCAGGCAGCGAACGUUGCUCCUCAGCCCAGACCAGCGGAGACCGCCUCAGGGAGGGUUCCAGCAUCAACAAGUCGCUGCUGACCUUGGGGAAGGUGAUCUCUGCCCUGUCUGAGCAGGCCCAGACCAAGAGGAAGGUCUUCACCCCAUACAGGGACUCUGUGCUCACAUGGCUGCUGAAGGAGAGCCUGGGCGGAAACUCCAAGACGGCCAUGAUCGCCACCCUGAGCCCGGCGGGCAUCAACGUGGAGGAGAGCCUGAGCACGCUGCGGUACGCCAAGCAGGCCCGCAUGAUCAUCAACGUGGCCAAGGUCAACGAGGACACCAACGCCAAGCUCAUCAGAGAGCUGAAAGCUGAGGUGGAGAAGCUGCGGGCUGCACAGAUGAGCUCUCAGGGCAUCGAGCCGGAGAAAAUGCGCCUCUUCCAGCAAGAGAUCUUAGCUCUGAAGAGCCAGUUAACCCAGCAGGAGAGGGAGAUGGCCGAGGCCCACAGAGCAUGGAGAGAAAAGCUGGAGCAGGCGGAGAAACGCAAACGUGAGGAAACCAAAGCAUUACAGAAAGCGGGCGUCAUGUUUAAGGUGGACAACCGGCUGCCCAACCUGGUAAACCUGAACGAGGACCCGCAGCUGUCAGAGAUGCUGUUAUACAUGAUUAAGGAGGGACAGACCAAGGUCGGCAAGCACAAGUCAGAGUCCGCCCACGACAUCCAGCUGUCUGGGGCCCUUAUCGCUGACCACCACUGUGUCAUUUCCAAUGUGAAUGGUGAAGUCAGCAUCAUCCCCAUGGAAAACGCCAAGACCUUUGUCAACGGGAACCUGGUCUCUGAGACCACUGUGCUGCAUCACGGCGACAGGGUGAUCCUGGGCGGGGACCACUACUUCCGCUUCAACCACCCGGCAGAGGUGCAAUCUGGGAAACGCGUGUCGUGCUGGACGGGUGACGGCGAUGGCCGUAAGGACUUUGAGUUUGCCAAAAACGAGCUGCUCUCCGCGCAAAGAGCACAACUGGAAGAGGAGAUUGAGGAGGCCAGGCUGAAGGCCAAGGAGGAGAUGAUGCAGGGGAUCCAGGUGGCCAAAGAGAUGGCCCAGAAGGAGCUGUCUGACCAGAAGACUCAGUAUGAGAACAGGAUCAAAGCCCUGGAGAGAGAACUGGAGGAGGAGAGCGAAAGGAAGCGGUGUCAAGAAAUGGACCAGCAGCGGGUGGUCUCCAAGAUGGAGGAGCUGCAGUCUGCCAAGGUGGAGCUGGAGCAGGAGGUGGACACGCACAAGACACGUCUCCGCCUCCACAUGGAGGCCCAGGCCACACGGCAGGCCAUGGCCGAUCACGGUGUCCGGCAGGCCAAGGUGGUGGAGGCCCUUGAGGCAGAGAAGAGGAAGAUCGGCAAAGACCUAGAGGAUAUGCAAAGGAAAGUGGCGCAGAAAGGAAGCCAGACUCUGAAAAACGUCCCUCCACAGUGGGACGCCAUGAAGUUGUCUCUGAUGAUCGAAGAAGCCAACAAGAUCAGUGGCAAACUCAUGAAGAACACAGUUUUCAGCAGACACGAGGAGUCUGAGAAGGAGGGCGGAGGGGGAAAGGGAGAGCUGCAGGUCCAGGUGCAGAACACCAAACUGGGCAUCUCCACCUUCUGGAGUCUGGAGAAGUUCCAGAGCAACCUGGCCGCCAUGAGGGAACUCGAACAGGGUGACAGCAGCGCCUCUAAAGAUGAAGACGUGUUUUACGACCCCAAUGAUGAGUGGGAGCAAGAUAUAUCGGCUUCCUCAACCGCCUCCUUUUCACGCAGAAGGAGCAGAAGCCUGUUGAAGAGCAGGAGGAUUUCAGGGCGUCUCUACGAAAUCAGAGUGCACCCUAUUCAAAGCCUUCAUAAAAGUAACACCUCACAGUCCUCUGGUCUGAUGGGUGUGGCCAAACCGCCCUCUCUGCAUCCCAGCUCAUCAGACUCCACCCUGCCGGGGAUCUGCAAAGAUUUUAUUGGCCAGACGGUGGGCCAGCUGCACGGGUGUCACAACUACGAGGAGAGCAUGGCAGACAGGCUGACCUCUGACCUCUACUGUGUGUACACGGCCGUGACGACCAUCUCCGGCCUGUACGACGGCCUGGACGAUGACCGUCAGGAGAGCGUGUUUGUGUUUGAAGCUGAGGCUCCGACACAGCUGGUGAAGGCCACCUCGGCCAUCGAGAGAGCCGUGUUCAUCACCAUGCAGUGGGUGGCCAGCGUCAAGCCCAGAGCCGGUCCCCUCUACACCAACGCAGAGGAGCUCAAGACCCAAGUAAAGAGAAUGGGUGGUUACUUUCAGCUUCUCAUCCAGGGCUGUGACUCUGAGAUUUCGUCCAUGGUGACCGAGGCCCACAGGAAGAGUGGUCAGUGUCUGGACACGGCACUGCUGGUCAUCAGCCACCUGGCUGCGCUUACCGCCACCCAGCUCCACGUGACCGAGCUGGGCUCUGAGGCCACAGGCAAGCGGUCUGUGGCCCUGUCUCUGUUGGAGGGGACCUGUAAAGGGGUGCACUCUCUCCUGGAAGAGGGUCUGACUAUCUCCAACGAGAUGCUGAGAGAUGCGCAGCUGGCCAAUCCCAGGACUCCGGUUUUGCAGAGCCUCAAGUCGAAGAUGCUGGACCUGUCCUGUGCUCUCCAGAGCUACAUCCACUGCCACAUGACGGAGAGGGAAGAAGGCUCCAAGAAGGGAGCUGAGGACCCUGAUCCCUCACAGCUACACAGAGUGAGGAACACCGCAGCCAAGCUGUUCCAGCUCAACCAGGCCAUCAGGCAGCUUCACGCUGCUCUCUCUCUCGCCCUCCGAGGUAAAAGCAGUGACUCCAGCCUCAGUGCCUGCCGAGAGGCUAUCUCCACCUCCUCCAAGACCAUCGACAAAGUCAUUAACGGCCUCCCCAGGGGCGGCACAGGGGUGGCCACCGUCUCAUCUAACCUACAGCUGCCCUGCCUGCAGACAGUCAUGGCAGCCCGGGACGAGCUCCACUCUGCCCUGCAGUCCCUGAGUACUGCCUUCAACCCCCAGGGCCCUGAGGAGAAGAGGGGGUCUUCUGGCUCAGAGAAGAGCACACGGGAAAGGGGUCCGGUGAAGGAGGGGCCCCUGGUAGCUUCCGACAUGGGAAGGAACAGAGGAGCCCUUAAGAUUGUUUCUCUCUCUUCAGAGUUGUCUUCAUCUAAUGACGAUGCACAUUGGGUUUGAUGCGCAGGCGGUUGAUUAGCUGAUCAGGGUCUUGUUCAGUAGGCAUGAAACUGCCGAAAACAGGAAAUGGGAAUGUUGUACAAUCUGAACUUGUCCAGUAAGGAACACUUGUUUUCGGCCAAAAAAAAUUUGCUACGGUGUGCUCUAAUGAACAUAACCCAGAUGAUUGAUGUAAAAGGUUACAGGCUCAAUGCCAUUAAUAGAAAGAAUCAACAAUGAACUUUCUGUCCAAUUGCACUAAAACCCCAGAUGUAUACACUGAACAAAAAUAUACUGUAGACGCAAAAUGCAAGAAUUUCUAAGAUUUUACUGAGU